AUGGAAUAUUUGACCGUGGAAAACAAGACAAUUGGUUCACUAAUGGUUAAGGAUUGCAGAAACGAAUUUUCUUGCAUUGACAUGUAUUUUGAUUUGUGGAAAGUGAAUCAGACUGGACAAUGUUUCUAUAAUCCUAUGAGACCAUCAGAGUUUGCCACAAAGAAUACCUAUAACAUGGAUGCUUUUAGUGCCAUGUAUGUUUUUGCAAGCUUUAUAAUAUUAUACUGUUUGCUUUGUGUUCCAAGUUGUACUAUCUUUGCAUAUCUUAAAAGAAAUAAGAGUAACGGAGAUCAAUUAACGAAUAUUCAUCCUCCAAUAACUAUUGUUUCAACAGAACCAAAUGUGGAUUACAAUGUCUGA